UCUUUCUAUUUCUCUCAAAACUCUCUCUCCAAUUAAUGGAGCCUGUCCUUGUCGCGAUGGCCGUAACCGCCACGUCAGAAGACGACGGAUUUUCGUUAAUCACCGAUAAAGUUUCAUAUAAUCUAACGGCGUCAGACGUUACCAUCGUUACCUCAAGCAACCGUCGGAUUCCGGCUCAUUCCGGUAUUCUGGCUUCGGCUUCACCAGUACUAAUGAACAUCAUGAAGAAAACGGUGAGACGUUACCAACGCUAUGGAGCUUCGAGAGCCAUCAAGAUUCUUGGCGUUCCAUGCGAUGCCGUUUCAGUCUUCAUCAGAUUCCUAUACUCUUUUAGUUUGACGGAGGAUGAGUUGGAGAAAUAUGGGAUCCAUCUUUUAGCGUUGUCUCACGUGUACAUGGUGGCGAAUCUGAAGCAACGCUGCUCAAGAGGUAUCGUUGAUGGUUUAACUGCGGAGAACGUUGUCGACGUUCUUCAGCUAGCUCGGCUCUGCGAUGCUCCAGAUGUUUGUCUUAAAUCUAUGCGUCUUAUACAGUCGCAGUUUAAGACUGUUGAACAGACCGAAGGAUGGAAGUUUCUCCAGGAACACGAUCCUGUUCUUGAGCUCGAUAUCCUCCAGUUCAUCGACGAUUCCGAAUCGAGGAAGAAAAGAAGACGUAGGCAUAAAAAGGCAGAUCUGUACAUGCAACUAAGCGAGGCAAUGGAGUGUAUAGAGCAUAUAUGCACCCAAGGUUGUACAUUGGUCGGUCCAACAAACAUUGUAGACGUUAACAAGUCGACGACUGUUCCGUUUGGGGGGAAAUCAAAGCCUUGUAAGGCGGUUUCCACGUGUUACGGCCUCCAGCUUUCGAUACGUCAUUUUGCGGUAUGCAAGAAAAGGAGUAACGAGAAUGGUUGUCUUCGUUGCAAGCGGAUGCUUCAGCUCCUAAGACUCCAUUCUUCUAUAUGUGAUCAGCCAGAAUCUUGUCGUGUCCCUCUUUGCAGGCAAUUUAAGAAAAGGGUAGAACAUGACAAAAGGAUGGGUGAAGACACCAAGUGGAAGCUUUUGGUGAGGAGGGUGGUGUGCAAAGCUAUGUCUUCAUUGUGUCAGUCGUCAAAGAAGAACAAAUGUGAUGGAGAAGCAGAAUGAUUAGUCAGGAACAGAACAGGAAUGAGUUGGGGUUUGUAGAUAAUUAUGAAGAUUAGUUCGUCCUUAAAGUCGUAUUUGUUCAUUUGUUUCUUUUUGUAUGGUUGAAGUCUCAAGGGUAUACAAUCAUGUAUCAUUUGAUCGGUGUAGAUAGAGGGUUUAGUUUGUAGAUGAGUAAACCCUUUUAAAUUGGCAGUGUGUAGGCCACAUUUGUUUGUUUAUUUUACCUCAAAUAUCAUCAUGUAAUAAUAGACGGUUAAAUAAAUGUUGUCUGACUUAAAGAGGUGUUUUCAUAGCU